GCAUUUUUCUGCUCAGACGCUCAACGCUUAACGCUGCCAUGUAAAGGCACCUUUUGAUCAAUAAGCUCUCUUUAGCAUUUUACAGUUUCGGGUUCUUUUUAAGAAAUAGCAAGAUGGGUAUUUCACGGGAUCAUUGGCAUAAGAGGCGACCUACUGGUGGGAAGAGGAAGCCCCUUCGUAAGAAAAGGAAAUUUGAAUUAGGGCGUCCAGCUGCGAACACUAAGCUUGGACCACAACGGAUUCAUACUGUUCGUACACGUGGAGGCAAUAAGAAGUACAGAGCUCUUAGAUUGGAUACAGGAAACUUUUCUUGGGGCUCUGAAUGCAGCACCAGAAAAACUCGUAUCAUCGAUGUUGUUUACAAUGCAUCAAACAAUGAGUUAGUUCGAACAAAAACUCUGGUGAAAAAUGCCAUUGUCACCAUUGAUGCAACACCAUUUAGACAGUGGUAUGAAAGUCAUUAUGUCUUUCCACUGGGUCGCAAAAGAGGUGCAAAACUGACAGAGGCUGAAGAGGAAGUGUUGAAUAAAAAGCGUUCCAAGAAAAUCGAAGCAAAAUACAAGGCCAGGCAGCGAUUUGCCAAGGUGGAAUCUGCUUUGGAAGAGCAGUUUGCAACAGGACGUGUCCUUGCUUGUGUAGCAAGCAGACCAGGUCAAUGUGGCAGAGCUGAUGGCUACAUUCUAGAAGGCAAAGAACUUGAAUUUUAUAUGAGAAAAAUUAAGAGUAAAAAGGCGAAAUAAAUAUAUAUUUAUUAUAAUAGAAAAAACUCAAAUACAAAAAUUAAAUUCUA